UCAAAAAUUAUUUUGCUGAGAGGGUGGUUUUCCAGAAUCGGAAUCUUCAUCGAGGCAAUCAUGUUGAAGUUUACUGCCAUCGCUGCUUUUCUAACUAUAUUCGCCUCAUGCCUUCCAUGUUUGGCUUACGCAAAUGGCCCAUCCUCAUGCCCCGAACCCUGGAUCGAAUGGGAGGGCUUCUGCUAUCUCCUUAACGAUCACCCAUCCACAUGGCAAGAGGCCCAAGCCCUGUGCAUCUCCAAUGGUGGUGGCAUGGUCACCCUCAGCUCAAGGAGACAGCUUCAUUUCUUGAGUCGCCUCGUGGAAGCUGUAUCGCCCCCUGCCACGCCCAUCACAAACCUCUGGCUUGGAUGUAAGAGGGAGCGAAACCAGCCUUUCUGGUUUUGCCUCGACGGGAAACCUCUUUAUGACGUUUGGGGAGAUAAUGAACCUCAUAUUGAUGGUUCAACAUCACCUGCUGCAGUUGUCUUGAAUGCUCGAGAAGGAAAGAUGUGUGAUUCUAAUCCUGUAGAAUCCUACUACUCAGUGUGCCAUAAACUGAUAGUACCCGGAUCGUCAUCGAAAUCGAUCUCGCUUCGCUUUCACCGGGUCUUCCAGAACUUCAUCUUAAAGGGGCACUCUAUCCAUGUUACAUCACACUCCUAUAGUAUCCCAGCAUGCAGCGCGCUCUGCCUAGAUACAACGGAAUGUGUAUCGAUCAACAUCAGAGCUGAUGGAACGUGUGAAUUAAAUUCAAUGGAUUGGAGACUCGGAGAAAAUGGUGUGGUUGAGAGGGAAUUCGGCGCCCAGUAUUAUGAACCAAUUUAUCACACAUAGCCUGAAAUUUUUAUGACUUUGAAAGGAGUUAAAGGGGAGGGGCUAUAUCACUCGGGGAAAAAAUGUGAAAUUCCUAAGAAGAUGGAAGGAGUUAAAGGGGGCGAUAUAACUUGGCAAAAAUAUAGAAAUCAGACAAUGUCAGAUGAGUAACGUCAAGCUAGUUUCAAUCAAACCAGAAUAAGGAGAAAAAUAUUUUAAGCAAAAUUUUUUGUAUUAAAAUACAUUUGACGUCACAUGUGAGCUGCUCCUCGUUAUCUCAUCUGAUAUGAAUGUCUUAAUAUGUCAUUUUCAAAGAAAUUUGUAACUAUUUUACCUGCGCAUGAAAUAUAACAUCAGACAUAAUUAUGCAAUUCACAUUUUUUUUAUGAGAAACAUAUCAUCAGUUACCACGAACCAUUAAAAUUAUUCCAAUUUAUGGCAUCUAAAUUAAAAUGUAGAGUAGCUGCCAACGUAGGCCUAUGACAAUCAAAAGAGUUAAUUUAUAAAAGGCUUAAAAUGAAAUAUUAUUUUUGUUAUAGAAAUUACCAAAUUUUUGCUAAUUGUGAAAAAUUUAAUCGGUCCAAGACAUGUUUACCAACAAAUUAAUUAUUCUGAAUAAUAUAUUUUUAAGAGUGUAUAGAUCAAGGCCUUCUACCGUCAUUACAACAUACAGAUCGACGCUCCAAUUUAUCACAAUGGUGUACUCUGCCUCAGUGAUAGUUUUAAAUAAUUCUCAUUCCUUAGUGAUGGAAAGAGUUUCAACGCUCUGAACACCAUGUAAACAUUCUGGAAAUUCAAUUUCCUUUAUUUAGAUUUGCAUUUGUAUAGUAAUCAGCGAUCCGUCAAUUCUGGCAUGGAAGUAUUGAAAUAAAAAGGAGGAAUUAAUGAAACUGAUGGAUUAUUAACGUCAACGUUUGUCUAUAAUAUGUUGUCACCCGCAUUUUUUGCAGCGCACUCCCUUUCUCAAUGCCCCCCCCCCCCUCUCUCCCCCUCUCUCUCUCACUUUCCCUCUUCCAACGUAUGGUCACCCCUCCCGCCCCCUCUCUAUCUCUCUCUCUCUCUCUCUCACCCUCUUUCGACACUCACCCCUCCCUCCCUCUCCACUCUCUUUCCCUCGCUAGAAUAUUUAUCUUUACUUCUCUCAAUAUCUCUCCUUUUUCACUCCUUUCGCUGCAUGAGCAGUGAAUAGCAAUUAAGAAUUGACCAGUAUUUACAAUGAAAAAAUAUCAUACUUUGACUAAAUAAAAGAACCAAAGAGGACUGGAGACAUUCAGGCAUAUCAAAUAUAUUUUAAUUCAUAUUUGUAAGUGUAUAGCACUUUCUAUACUAUAACCUCAGUAUCAAAAUCUAACAAUAAUCUGUGAUCGGAGGCAAAUUAUAUUUAUGGUACCCAACGUCAGCAUAUGAGUUCAAUCUGAUCAUUAGAAAGUAGUAUUAAAUUAUUAAAUAUCUUCAUGAUCUAAGAACAUGUUUUUUAUUAUUAAUAUUAUUCAACAAAUGACUGAUAUAGUUACCAAAAUAAUGGCGAAUACAUGUAUUCGCGAAAGCGAGGGCACAUUUUCAACCUAUAAUAAAAUAAUGAGCAUAGCACUGAAUGUCAAUACGAGGCAUGAUUAUGAUCCUUUUGUACGGAUUUAAACGUUUAUAAAGCAAUGCACAUAGGGGCGACGCAAGGAUAUAUGAUAGAAGGUGCAAGGCGACCUUCUCACCCCCCCCCCCCCCCCCGCCAUCCCCUUGCUUGGCGUAGCCCCUGAGUGUACCGGCAAGUGCGUACCAUUUUCCAUGCCAGUAGUUGACUAUAAUAUUUCUCAGGUAGCUUGUUCAUUUCGCUUUGUAUGGAAGCCAGAAAGGGAUUUUAUUGACAGUCAACAUUUUAAUGGCGUUUUAAAUCUGGAAAAUAUCAUCAAUACUAAAUUCAUUUGAUUUAUCUAAUGUAAUGAUAUAUGAUAUUUGAAGCGG